GUAACACAGUUUGGAGUUGAAAGUUCGGGAUGUUGGAGUCUCUGUGGGUAUGGACACUGGCCACGGGUCUCAUAAGUGUAAUCGUGUACUUGCUUGGCACUUGGACCCAUGAUCAUUUCUCCAAGAAAAAUGUACCGCACCUCAAGCCUGUACCAUUCUUUGGGAACAUGGGACCACUGGCUUAGGACUGCAUCUUUCAAUGAAUUAACAGGCUUAAAGGCAAUAAAUUUGGCUAUAUAUAUGAAUUCUUGAAUCCGGUUAUUCUGCUGAGAGAUCCCGAGCUCAUAAAGAUGGUGACCGUGAAAGAUUUUGAACACUUCCUGGACCACCGAGCCCCUAUAAGCGAAGAAACUGAGCCGCUGUUCGGAAAGGCUCUUUUCAAUCUCAAAGGACAACGAUGGAAGGACAUGCGAUCUACCCUGAGUCCUGCUUUCACAUCCAGCAAGAUGAAGAACAUGUUCGUCUUGAUAAAAGAAUGUGGUAAACAGCUAACUGACUUCCUGGAAAAGUGUAUCAAGGACAAAAAACUUGACAAUCGAAGCCUGCAAGAUAGAAAGAGGCAACUUCUGAAUAUUAAAUUCAUAUCUAAAUCGACGGGAAAAUUCUUCCGUUCCUUGGUACAUAGUACAAUGUCAACGCGGGAAGAGAAAGGCAUCGUGAGGCCGGACAUGAUCCAUCUGCUCAUGCAGACCAAGAAAGGAACACUUCAGGGGGAUGAUAAUGGUACAACCAAUGUCAAGUCUACAAACACGAAAUGGGACGACGAUGACAUAACAGCCCAAGCGUUUCUGUUCUUUCUGGCCGGCUUUGACACAGCCUCCACACUCCUGUGCUUUGCCUAUGCCAUGCAUCCAGAUAUUCAAUCUCGGCUCCAACAUGAGAUUGAUCAAACGCUGAAAGAGGACGGAGGGAAGCUUACAUACGAAGCAGUCCACGGCAUGAAGUACCUGGACAUGGUGGUCUCAGAAACUCUCCGUCUGUAUCCUCCUGCAGUGCUGGCAGACAGGAAGUGCGUCAAACAAUAUACACUGCCGGCUGAACCACAUUGCACGAUGAAACCCGGAGACGGUGUCUACAUACCCAUCUAUGCCCUCCACCAUGACCCAGAAUACUUCCCCGAUCCUGAGAAAUUUGACCCUGAAAGGUUUAGUGAUGAGAAUAAAGGAAAAAUCAAAGCCUGCACAUAUCUGCCAUUUGGAUCAGGCCCUAGGAACUGUAUUGGUAAGGAGUCGUUUGCACUUAUGGAAGCCAAGAUAGCAUUGGUACAGCUGUUGUACCGCUUCAACCUAAAAGUUGUCCCAAAGACACCAAUUCCAAUUAAAAUAACCAAGAGAGGCUUCAAUAUGACAGUAGAUGGGGGGUUCAGGAUUGGGCUUGAGCAAAGAGUAAAAAAUGCAACAAAAUUUCGAAUCACACUAAAAGGAGCUAAGGAGAAAAUUGGAGACUGCUUACAAAGCAGCAGUCGGUGUAGUACUGCACUGUUUCCCACUUGGCUACACCUGUGUAACACAGUUUGGAGUGGAAAGUUCGCGAUGCUGGAGUCUAUGUGGGUAUGGACUCUGGCCACGGGUCUUAUAAGUCUUAUCUUGUACUUGCUUGGCACUUGGACCCAAGACCAUUUCUCCAAGAAAAAUGUACCGCACCUCAAGCCUGUACCAUUCUUUGGGAACGUCGGACCACUGGCUUUGAGGAUGGUUUCUUUCCCUGAAUUUGUUCUUGACUUGUACAACAGGUUUAAAGGCCAUAAAUAUGGCGGUGUAUAUGAAUUCUUUAAUCCAGUUUUUGUGCUGAGAGAUCCCGAGCUCAUAAAGAUGGUGACCGUGAAAGAUUUUGAGCACUUCCUGGACCGCCGAUCUCCUCUAAGUGAAGAAGCUGAGCCGCUGUUCGGAAAGGGUCUAUUCAAUCUCAAAGGACAACGAUGGAAGGACAUGCGAUCCACUCUGAGCCCUGCUUUCACAUCCAGCAAGAUGAAGAGCAUGUUCGUCUUGAUAACAGAAUGUGGUAAACAGCUAACUGACUUCCUGGAAAAGUGUAUUAAUGACAAAAACAUGACAAUUGAAGGCUGCAAGAUAGAACGAGAAGGUAAUAUUCUGGCCGUGGAAAUGAAAGACUUGUUCACAAGAUACACAAAUGAUGUAAUUGCUACGUCAGCAUUUGGAAUUAGUUGUGAUUCACUAAACAAUCCUAGAAAUGAAUUCUAUGAGACGGGAAGAUACGUUACCAACUUCAGCGGUAUCAGAGCCAUAAUAUUUCUUGGCUACUUUUUCAGCCCAAAGCUCAUGAAGCUUCUGAACAUGAAAUUGAUGUCCAAAACUCUGGCGAACUUCUUCCGUUCCUUGGUACAUAAUACAAUUUCAACGCGGGAAGAGAAAGGCAUUGUGAGGCCGGACAUGAUCCAUCUGCUCAUGCAGGCCAAGAAAGGAACACUUCAGGGGGAAGAUAAUGGUACAACCAAUGGCAAGAUUACCAAGCCAAAAUGGGAAGACGAUGACAUAACAGCCCAAGUAGUUCAGUUUCUUCUGGCCGGCUUUGAUACAGCCGCCACACUCCUGUACUUUGCCUCACAUCUGCUGGCCAUGCAUCCAGAUAUUCAGUCUCGGCUCCAAGAUGAGAUUGAUCAAACGCUGAAAGAGGACAGAGGGAAGCUUACAUACGAAGCAGUCCACGGCAUGAAGUACCUGGACAUGGUGGUCUCAGAAACUCUCCGUCUUUAUCCUCCUGCAGUGUUGGUAGACAGGAGGUGUGUCAAACAAUAUACACUGCCGGCUGAACCACAAUGCACCCUGAAUCCUGGAGACUGUGUCUACAUACCCAUCUAUGCCCUCCACCAUGACCCAGACUACUUUCCCGAUCCUGAGAAAUUUGACCCUGAAAGGUUUAGUGAUGAGAAUAAAGGAAACAUCAAAACCUGCACAUAUCUGCCAUUUGGAUCAGGCCCUAGGAACUGUAUUGGGAGCCGAUUUGCACUUAUGGAAGCCAAGAUAGCAUUGGUACAGCUGUUGUCCCGCUUCAACCUAAAAGUUGUCCCAAAGACACCAAUUCCAAUUAAAAUAACCAAGAAGGGCUUGAAUAUGACAGUAGACGGGGGGUUCUGGCUGGGGCUUGAGCAAAGGGUAAAAAAUUCAACAACAUAUCAAACUGGCUGAUUUAAUACUGUUGUUCCAUUUACUUAAGAGGAAAUAGUUUUCAAAUUAUUAGAUGCACAUGGUAUGUAAUUGUUAUAUGGGAUGACGUGCAACACGAAAUGGUAGCUGGUCGAUGCAGUGAUGUCGUCCCGUAUAAGCAAAUUUUGUUCUCUUAGAGUAUGUCCAAUGAUUUACGUGGAGAUCGCCGGUAGCUAUGUGUUUCACCGGAGUGCCUGGAAAUUGCAGGUGAUGCGGAGUGUAGCGAAGCCCAAUCGAAGUGAGAUUCUUAUUAAGAAACCAACGUACAGUCGAAUAUACCAGUUACAAAAAGUCCUUCUGACCCUGAGGAGAGGGUUUAUAUUCAAACUAAACUAGGAGUUGGCUCAAAGGAAUGUGCUUUGUACUCCCAGUCCUUUGAUCUGGCCAUAAUUCCAAAUAUUAAUAGCCUUCAUCUUCCUCUCAAUUAGUGAGUAUUGCUCACUAACGCUUUGUUUACACAGUGUUAGUGUGAGGACCAGAAUGAAACAAAUCCAAAGUCUUAUUUACACUUUUAAACUGUCGAAGGGUUAUCAAUUUUAUAGCUGCGUGUGGCUUUACUCUGUAACCAUACCCAGUACUAAUAAAGUAUUCUAUGGCAUGUUUAAGA